AUGACCCCCGGAUCGGUCCAAGCCCGUGCAUUGCUGCAUCCUCAAGUCCAGCGCCUGCGUCCUGCAGUCGUCGCCACCGUGCCCAAGAGAAAGGCUGAAGGAGAUGUUAAGAGAGAUAAAGCCAAGGUGAAGGAUGAGCCACAGAGGAGAUCUGCAAGGUUAUCUGCUAAACCUGCUCCUCCAAAGCCAGAGCCUAAGCCUGAAAAGGCAUCUGCAAAGAAGGGAGAAAAAGUACCCAAAGGGAAAAAGGGGAAGGCUGAUGCUGGCAAGGAUGGAAAUACCCCUGCAGAAAACGGAGAUGCCAAAACGGACAAGGCACAGAAAGCUGAAGGUGCUGGAGAUGCCAAGUGA